AUGUUCCAUGGAGGCACCUGUAUUUUAAACGUUCUGUGGUAUAGAGUGAAUUGAUUUUCAUCAAAAGCAUCAUAAAAUAAUUGGCGUUAUAUUGAAUGAUAAUUUAUAAUGAUGUUAAUAUUUGUAGCAAAAGCGUUUGCCAAUAUGGGUGAUUGAUUAGGGCAUCUUAAAUAUUACAAAUAUUAGUGAUAGUUGCAGCAAUUAUAAAGUUUAGAAACAGAUACUUUCAGAAGUAGAUUCAUUUUACCCUUUAAAAUACACAGAUAUAGAAUAUGUCGUGGCCAACUUGGUCGGCAGCUGCAGCUCCCAUACCUACUGCGGUAGCGGCGACGGUACCUUCUUCAUUACUACCAACAGGUAUUAAUUCAACACCCACAGUUCUAGCUCCCAUGGGUUACAGCCAAGAUCAAUGGGCUCAAGCUCAGCAACAAAAUUGGCAACAAUGGGCUCAAUGGCAACAACAGUAUCAACAAUGGCAUCAACAGUAUGGAGCGGAGUAUCAAAAAUCUUUAAAUGCAAUGCAGGGAACGUUGCCAACAGCCGUCCAAGUUCACCCUCCUUUGCCAACUAUAUCUGCAGCAACGGCCCCUCCCCUUCCUAUUGACAAUAAACCUCCUCUGCCUCCAGAAGAACCUCCUACACAGCUCGCAGGCUUUACUGCAAUACCUCCAGGGUAUGCAACCGCAACCCCCGCUAUGAUUUCUCAGACACCAGUGCAACCAUUAUAUCAAGUACAACCAACACAAACUAGUUGGCAAAGUACUGCACAAAAAAGACCAUAUACUCAAGACAAUGAUUAUACUGAUUCUGCUAAAAGAAUGAUGGUGCAAAAACCACCGCCUGCUCAAUGGCCGAAUUAUUCUCAACCGCCUCCUUCAACUUCAACAAGCCAGGCUCCUCCUCAGGCUACGGCCACUCAAAACGUUCCUCCUAUUCAGUCUUCAACGCCGGCAAAACCCAACGUUGAAGAAUUAUCAGAAGCCGAGAAAAAAUUCGAUAAAGAAUUCGCUGCUUGGGAAGCACAAUUUAACAAAUGGAGAGAACAAAAUGCCAAUCAUCCUGACAAAACACAGUAUAAAGAAUAUGAAAAAAAGUGGGAGUCGUGGAGAAAUUCAUUGUUAGAGAGGCGCGAACAGAUGAGACGUAAAAGACUUGCUUUGUGUGGUCAAACAACUACAACCGUAGCAUCUCAGAAAUCCGACACUCUUCAACAAGCAUCAAGCAACACUUCUCAAUUGUCUUCAACGGCGAAACCAUCUCUUUUGGGUACAUAUCUUGGAGAUAAAUCCACACAACACCAAGCAAAUGAUUUAUACAACAAACUUCCUCCAAACCAAAACAACGAGCCUUUAUCGUUCAAAAACAAAUCACCCUAUCAGGAUAUUGAUAAUAUACCAGAAAAAGAAGGGGAGGGCUUCUUAACUUCCACUUCUUCUGCGGAAGGAAUUCCUGGAUUAGAUCUUGUCAAAGAUGAUGCUAAAGAAGAUUUACCCGAUAGAUCAGAGAAAACUGAGGAAGAAGCUAGCACACAACCUAAAGGUCCAGAUUUUGAGGCCAUAUCUAAGGGAAUAAACUCCAUUUUAGGUGAUCAAAAACUUCUAAGUAUGCUAUCGAUAGUAUCUCAGAACGCACCUCCCGUCACUCAUAGCAAUUGUAUUACUACAGAGAGCGUUUCAAAUAUUUCUAAUUACGGACAGAAUUACGGCGUCCCACCUCCCAAUUUUCAACAGUAUCCUCCAAGUUAUCACGCACCUCCCCCUAUGUAUGAAGGACAGAAUACUGAUUAUUCAGGUCAAGAAAUUACCAAUAAAGAUGAUUAUUAUCCACAAAGGAACGAUAAAUUUAGUGAACCGCCUCCCGAUAUGAGAAGUUCUGGUCCCAGAAUUUCACAAGAUACUUUUAAUCGUGGUGUCCAGAAUGUACACGAUAUUUAUGGAGGCGCUCCUUCAACUGCACAAGACAACUUUGGUUCAGGUUCACGCCAUGUACAAGAUCGUUUCGGUUUCGGUGCACGGAACGUGCAGAAUAAUUUCGGCGGGCGAAAUAUUCAAGAUAAAAUUGGUUUUGGUGGCCGAAACGAACAAGAAAAUUUCGAUGGUAAUAACGUUCAAGGUAAUUUUGCCGCCAGUGGACGAAACGUAUCAGAUAAUUUUGGUUCCGGUACUGGAAAUAUUCCAUCAUUUGGGGCUAGGAAUAGCAGUUUCGAUAAGGGUAUCGAUAGAUUAAAUCGCAAUAAUCAUUUUAACGAUGGUUUUCAAGGAAGAAAUGAUAAAUUUCACAAUGAGAGAUUCGGAAAUAAUGACGUCUUUAAUAACAAACAAAAUAACAAUUUCACAGAUAGAGAAAGAUUUAAUAACAAAUACGGUCGAUCUGGUAAAUUCAAUGAUAAUAAAGAUUACGAAGAUUAUGAUGAAUAUAAUGAAGAAGAAGAUUACGAUAAAUACAAUGAGAUGUUCAAAGAUGACGAUAAUGAACCGUAUAACAGUAACUAUCAGCAUAACCAACAAAAUAGGUUCAAAUCGUUACCACCGCAAGCUAAAAUCCCUUCUUUAUUAGAUAUAACACCAAAACCUCCACAACGUCAACCGCAAUCUAAGAUUCCUUCCCUCAUGGAUAUGACACCCGAACCUCCUCAGAUCUGUAACGAUACAUCCAUGGUUGAUGAUGAUGUCAUUUUUGAACCAACAACUGUUAUUGACUAUGAACAUUGCUCAAAAGCGGAUCUUGAUCAUUCGGUAACUAUCGUACCAGUUCAUAUGUAUGAUUACAAUCAUAAACCUGUCAAUUCUGUGCCACAUUCGGAGAGACCUAAGUGGUUGGCUGAAACAGUAAAAUUUAUUAGGGAAUUUGAUCCGUCCGUUUUGAGAUAUGAGAGACCACCACCCAUCGAAGACAGGUACCCAGCUUCUAUUAGAGAAGAAAUUCCUUAUGAUCGUUACGAAGAUAGAGACAGAUAUAGAGGAAGAAAGAAUAGACGUGAUAGAUCCUUUGAACGGGAUAAUAGAACCUCUAAUGAUAGGAAGAGAUACAGAUCGAGAGAUAGGGCUAGAGACGAUUUUGAAAAUCGUCGAAAAUACCCUGUAGACAAAUUUGACGGUAUUCAUGAUACAUUACAUAUUAAAAAUGUAGAAGAAAUAUCUGAUUCGGAAAUGGAUUUCGAACAAAAUGAACAAGGUAGACUUAAUGACGAAAUGGAUAGUAGAAGAAGUCGGAGUCCUGAAUUGAGUAAUCCACCGAAUCCUUCGGCUAGACAAGAAAUAACUAUGAUAGAAGAUAUUAUUAAUGCCCCAGGUCGUUAUAAUCGACCUCCACGUAUAGUUAUAAUAUUGAGAGGACCACCCGGAAGUGGUAAAACAUUCUUAGCUAAACAAAUCAAAGAUAAAGAGGUCGAAAACGGUGGUUCUGCACCUCGUAUUUUAUCAUUAGAUGAUUAUUUCAUGGUCGAACAUGAAAAACAAGUUGUGGAAGACGGGAAAACUCAAAUUGUGAAAGAGAUGGUAUAUGAAUAUGAAGCUGACAUGGAGGAAUCAUACAGACAGUCUUUUAUGAAAUCGUUCAAAAAAACUAUUACAGAUGGAUAUUUUACAUUUAUUGUUGUUGAUAAUGUUAAUGAUAAAGUGAAACAUUUCGGAAAAAUGUGGAGCUUUGCUAAACAAAACGGUUUUCAGGUUUACGUCUGUCAGAUGGAUUUGGAUCCGGUUCAAUGUACCAAGAGGAACAUCCAUAAUAGAAGUGAAAAAGAAAUAGAGGAAAUAAUAUCGGCUUGGGAACCGACGCCCUCUCAUCAUCCUACAAUAGAUGCUACUGGAUUAUUGCAGAGCUCGAUUACCGAAGUCGAAAUGGAAUUAGAAGAAGAAAAACAUUCUAGUCUGGAGGAAACUAAAGAUCCAGAGGACCAAGUAAGAAGCAAAUGGGACAAUUUCGACUGUUCUUAUAAUAAUCUCGCCAAGCUCGAUGGACUCAACAAGCCGCUUCGAAGGUCGGGAACCAUGGAAGAAUACCUCCAAAUGGAAUCCGAAUGGGAACCCCCGAAAUCAACAAAACCGGGGAAGAAAAGGGUCCGGUGGGCUGAUCUGGAGGAACAGAGGAACGUGGAAAAGAUGAAAGCAAUUGGAUUUGUAGUGGGACAUACUGACUGGGAGCGAAUUAUGGAUCCAGAAGCAAGUAGGAAAGCUCUCACCCAAACAAAAUAUAUUGAAAAUGUUUCAAGAUACAAAUAUUGAUUUUUGUUUAAUUUAAUUUUUUUAUAUGAUAUGAAUUAUUAGACGUUAAAUAAUAAACGUUUAUUUAGGAA